CGUAAAACAAAAGCGCCCGUUCCGACACCCGCUAGUUGAUUGUUAUUGCUUGUUACAGUAACGUAAGGAUAGUCUGCUAGCAACCAAGCAUCCAACAAUGUGAUUUGAGAGAGAAGUGAUUAUUUGAGAUGCGAUUGACUUUUUGUUUUUGAUGGCAUUUGACCUGGGCACGAAUUUACACUAAAGAUGAUGGAAGAUUUCUCCGGCCUGGCCCUCCCUCCGCUCUUUGGUGGACAUAUACUAGAGGCUGAACUGGAGCCAGGGGGAGUUGAGCUGGGACCAGGGGAGGUGGAGCUUGGGCCUGGAGGGAAUGAGCUGCUGGACAGUGGAGGUCAGGGGUCAAGACCUGGGCCAGAGGAGGAGGAAGAGCAGAGAGAGCGAGACAAAAGGAAAUAUCUGGCACUGUCCAGGAGAUGUAAGGAGAUCGAACAAGUGAAUGAGAGAAUACUUGGUCGCCUUCACCAGGUGCACAGAUUGACACGGCGCUUGAAGAAAGAGAGAAGGUUCCUUAUGAAGACUCUUAAUUCUUAUGGAGACGACUAUAGAAAUGCUCAGCUCACUAUACUGCUUGAGGAUGAGGGUGGAGCUCAUUUAGAUUCUUUUCCUGGUGGAGAGGAGGAUAGGCCAAAUGGCCUUCCUGGACCCUCCCCCUCUGUUCUCCAAUCAGCAGUUGGUCCCAAGAAGAAGAGGCAUCGAGUUCCAAAGGAGAGAGAAAAGGAUGCCCAGACAGAAGCAGAUCUCUCAGUGUUGACAGACACCCAGUUCAGCAGUUAUCCCAGCCCAACAUCUCUCCCUCACUGACCAAACCCAGGGAAACAAACAAUAACGUACCACCAAACUGCAUCAGCUGACUGUCCCUAUGUGUCCCUGUGUGCACCCUUACACACUCUAUUAGAGUAUAGUACUAAUUUAUUGUGUUGAAAAAUUGUUUAGGGCUCUGAAUUGUGAUAAAGAGGUUCUAGUCCAAGGUCAGAUAUAGCUCCUGUUUCUGUCCUGUAAAUGGCUCUUUGCCUGCUGUGUUUCAGUGAAGGGUUGUUUGGGAUGUUAUUGUUGUUUACAUGCUAUCGCCAGUGUAACUGACAGUACACAUUUUCUACUAAAACAUUUUUAUU